ACACACACACACAAAUCUUAAUCCGAAAUCUUUUCUGAUUUAUCCAAAUCGAUUUUGUUUAUGCAGCUCUAUCUAUAUAUAGGGUACCAUAAUUACAUUAAGAAAUAUAUACACAGCUUCUAGCUUUUUCUUUGAAUAAUAAUUAAGUUGGAAAAAAGAUGGCAAAAUCACUUUUAUGUUUCUCUCUCAUCGCAGCUUUUGCACUAAUUUUAAAUGUGUGUAUAGCUUCUUCUGAUCAAGAAAUCGGUAUUUAUCAUUUGCAGAGAGGCAAAUUUUCUGUUAAGAUCACUAAUUAUGGCGCCACUGUUCUCUCUCUUCUUGUUCCUGAUAGAAAUGGCAAACUAGAUGACAUUGUUCUUGGUUAUGGAUCCAUUGAUGACUACAAGAAUGAUACAACCUAUUUUGGUGCGCUUAUUGGGAGAGUUGCUAAUAGAAUUGGAGGGGCUAAAUUCACUUUGAAUGGCAGAGUCUACAAAUUACCUGCCAAUGAUCAUGGAAACACGCUCCAUGGUGGGAGCAAAGGAUUUAGCGACGUUAUUUGGACCGUCAAAGAGCACGUAAAACGCAGCCACUUAACGCUCACUUACCUCAGCCACGACGGCGAACAAGGAUUCCCGGGCAAACUAGCCGUGACGGUGACAUACAUGUUCAUCGGGAAACACAAGCUCGCGAUAAAAAUGGAAGCAACGCCUCUAACAAAGCCGACGCCAGUGAAUCUAGCUUCCCACACAUACUGGAAUCUCGGCGGCCACAACAGCGGGGACAUCUUCUCGCACACCAUCCAACUCCUCGCCUCCAAAAUCACCCCCGUGAACGACAAACUCAUCCCCACGGGGAAAUUAUCCCCCGUGGAAGGUACACCGUACGACUUCCUACACCCUCGCACAAUCGGGAGCAAGUUCAACGAACUCCCCGACGGCUACGACAUAAACUACGUACUCGAUAGACCGAGUGGGCCGAUCCAUCAUUUCACGAAGGCGGCGGUUGUUCAGCACGAGAAAUCGGGGAGGAAGAUGGAGCUGUGGACCAAUCAGAUUGGAGUGCAGUUCUACACUAGCAAUAUGUUGAAUGAUACUGUGGGGAAAGGAGGGUUUGUUUACAAGAAACACGCUGCGAUCGCGUUGGAGACGCAAGGGUUUCCCGAUUCGGUUAAUCAUCCGAAUUUUCCGUCGCAGAUUGUUGACGUGGGUGACAAGUAUGUGCAUGCUAUGGUUUAUAGGUUUACUGCUAGUUAAUUAGAUGUUUUAGGGCAUUAUAUUGUUGUCUUUCUUGAUUUAUGUUACCUGUGUUUAAUUGUCUUUUAAUUAAUUGAGUAAUUGUGUUU